AUGCAGCUUCCCGUCCUCGUCUCGUCCCUCUCCCUCCUGGGAGCCGCCUUGGCGGUGUCGGAUCAUGUCCAGCCCUUGGAAGACAGGGCUGUGGCAAACGCGACAGUCGUUCUCCAGACGGCGACCGUUAUCGGAAACGUUAUGAACAAUGUUGAAUCCUUUGGUGGCAUUCCCUACGCCAAGCCGCCUACCGGGCAAUUGCGAUUGAAGCCUCCCGUGCGCCUCACGGGGAACAUUGGAACCUUUGACGCCACCGGCCCGGCCGCUGCCUGCCCUCAGAUGCUUUCCUCCUCCGACAGUGAGAACAUCCUCUUCAACCUGCUGGGAAGCAUUGCGAAUCUUCCUUUUGUCCAAAAAGCGACUGGUCAGACCGAGGACUGCCUCACCAUCACGGUGGCUCGUCCCGCGGGCACCAAGGCAGAUGCUAAGCUGCCCGUGCUCUAUUGGAUAUUUGGGGGUGGAUUCGAGCUCGGAUGGUCAUCGAUGUACGAUGGAACCGGCCUCGUCCAGCACGGUGUCGAUAUUAGCAAGCCCUUUGUUUUCGUCGCCGUGAACUACCGCGUCGCUGGUUUUGGUUUCAUGCCCGGUAAGGAGAUCCUUGCCGACGGUUCCGCAAACCUGGGCCUUCUCGACCAGAGAAUGGGUCUCGAGUGGGUUGCGGACAACAUUGCCGCCUUUGGUGGUGAUCCAGACAAGGUCACCAUCUGGGGCGAGUCUGCCGGUGCAAUCUCUGUCUUCGAUCAGAUGGCUCUUUACAACGGAGACAAUAAGUACAACGGCAAGGCGCUCUUCCGCGGUGCCAUCAUGAACUCUGGCAGCAUCGCCCCUACCGAUCCUGUCGAUUGCCCCAAGGGCCAGGCCGUGUACGACAAGGUUGUCGCAGAGGCAGGGUGCGCUGGCAAGGCCGACACGCUCAACUGCUUGCGCGAGGCCGACUACAAUACGUUUCUCAACGCCGUCACGUCCGUCCCUGGAAUUCUCUCCUACAAUUCCCUCGCGUUGUCCUAUCUACCCCGGCCGGACGGCAAAACCCUGACCGCGAGUCCCGACGUGCUGGCCAAGAAUGGGCAAUACGCCGCUGUGCCCAUGAUUAUCGGGGACCAGGAGGACGAAGGCACCCUCUUCGGCAUCUUUCAGCCCAACCUGACAACCACUGCCAAGCUCGUCACCUACCUCAAGGACUACUACUUUGCAACAGCCACCGAGGCCCAGAUCGAGGCCUACGUUGCCACCUAUGACGACGGCGUGACCGCCGUCAUCAACGGCAGCCCGCACCGCACCGGUCUCCUCAAUGAAAUCUUCCCCGGCUUCAAGCGCCGUUCCGCCAUUCUCGGCGACUUGGUCUUCACCCUGACCCGCCGCGUCUUCCUCAACCUCGCCACCGCCGUACAACCCGGUGUGCCCUCGUGGUCCUACCUCUCGUCGUACGACUACGGAACCCCGAUCCUGGGCACCUUUCACGGGUCCGACUUGCUGCAGGUCUUUUACGGCAUCAAGGACAACUAUGCUGCGCGCAGCAUCCGCACGUAUUACACCAAUUUUGUCUACGCCUCUGACCCCAACGUCGGCCUCAACGGAGCGUACCCGGCCUGGCCCCAGUGGUCGCAGGGCCAGACUUUGCUGCAGUUCUUUGCAGACAAGGCCAGCACCCUUAAGGAUGACUUUAGGAAGACGAGCUCGGACUGGAUUUUGAACAAUGCCGGAAUCUUGUACAUCUAG